CCAAGCGAAGAAGAGACAAACAGGUAGGAUAAAGAAGCAUAAAGAAGCAUCGGCAGACACAGUCGUGCUAUCGGUCUGGGAGAUCUCUCCGUUUGCUGAUCACUCCAAUUGCCAGGACUGCUGCUGCUGAGCCUCAAAGUCAGCUCAUCUAGCCACGCACGAGCUGUCCAUCGAGAUGUUAUCGUUCCUGAUGACCCCGCUCUACUACGUCAUGCUGUCGGCUUUCAUCUCGUUCCUCUUUCUGUGCUUCGCACCUCUAAAGAUGAAGUAGGCAGCCAUGCAGGUCGACCAGACAGACCCACCAGCCACGCGUGUGGCUCGUGGCGUCUGUUCUGUGGCUGUGGCUGUGUGCACUGCAGGCGGGAGGCGGCCUCCUUCUUCGGGCAGAGCAACAUCCAGACGGCCUUGGCUGCUCUCUCCGUGGUGGGUGAGCGAUGAGAGGAGAGAAGAGCACGCUGUUCGCUUCGGCUCGCUGUGUGCUGUCUUGAGGACUGCUGUGUGUCCGUCUGUCGUGCAGGUGUGGUUUGUGGUGUGGUGUGUGUCGAUGAACGAGUGGAAGAGCGCGUGGACGGAGUCGCCCAGCUUCGAGGACAAGGCGUCCUACUGGCGGUCUCAGCGGAAUCUGUAUAUUGCUGCCUGCGGGUUCGUCUGCACCGUCGGCAUAUCGCGGCUCAGCUCCCUUAUCAAGUGAAGUGGACUGACGACUGGUGACGGACGGAUGGCCUUAGUUGGUCGUGAUGGGAUGGGAUAGAUUGAUGGAUGGCAUCUUCUGUGCCAGCCUUCAUGCUUCGGACUUGUUUGUGUGAGCUCAGCUUUUUUGGUGAAUUCGGU